AUGGCGGGGGCGACGGGCGAGAACGAAGGCGAGGAUGAGGGCGGGAAAGAGGACGGGAACGAAGGUGAGAACAAAGGCGGGGACGAGGGUGGAGACGAAGGCGGGAACGAGGGCGAGAACGAGGGCGGGAACGAAGGCGGGAACGAAGGCGGGAGCGAGGGAGAGAACGAAGGCGAGAACGAAGGCGGGAACGAGGGCGGGAACGACAGCGAGGGCGAGGGCGGGAACAAGGGCGAGAACAUAGGCGGGAGCGACGGCGGGGGCGAGGGCGGGAGCGACAGUGGGCGCGAAGGCGAAAACGACGGCGAGAAUGAAGGCGAGAACGAGGGCGGGAACGAGGGCGGGAACGAGGGCGAGAACGAGGGCGGGAACGAAGGCGGGAACGAAGGCGGGAACGAGGGCGAAAACGAGGGCGAGCACGAGGGCGGGAACGAGGGCGGGAACGAGGGCGGGAGCGAGGCCGAGAACGAGGGGGGGAGCGAGGGCGGGAAUGAGGGCGGGAGGCCGCCUCUGGGCGCCUCGGGAAUUCCCCGGGGCCUGCGGGCGGCCCCGGAAGAGGGCGAAAACGAUGGCGAGAACGAGGGCGGAAACGAGGGCGAGAAUGAGGGCGGAAACGAGGGCGGGAACGAGAGCGAGAACAAGGGCGGGAACAUAGGCGGGAACGAAGGCGGGAACGAGGGCGAAAACGAGGGCGACCACGAGGGCGGGAACGAGGGCGGGAACGAGGGCGGGAAUAAAGGCGGGGACGAGGGCGAGAACGAGGGCGGGAGCGACGGCGGGAACGAGGGCGGGAACGACGGCGGGAGCGAAGGCAAGAACGAGGGCGGAAACGAAGGAUGGAACGAGGGCGGGAACGAGGGCGGGAACGAGGGCGGGAACGACGGCGAGAGCGAGGGCGGGAUCGAGGGCGGAAGCGGGGGCUGGAGCGAUAAGGGAAG